AUGCUCUUUAACCAGUUCUGCCAAAAGGUCCUCAAGCUAGCGGUGGUGAGGGUGCGCAGCCUGUGUGAGAGGCUCAGGCUGACAGCAGCGGUGUCGGAGAUGGUGUUUCGCGUGGUGGAGCAUGCAGUGGAGGGCGAGGUGCAGCUGCUCUUCUGCCGCCACCUAGAUCAGAUUAUUCUGUCCUCUGUUUAUGGUGUCUGCAAGGUGUCACAAGUGGCAGUCACGUUCAAGGACAUCAUCGCGCAGUACCGCAAGCUACCGCACUGCAAACCCUCGGUCUUCAGAAAUGUGUUCAUCGACGCCAAGCCACUCCCUGCUGACUCUCCUUCCAAGGAGCGCUUCCUCUGCUCUGCAGCAGACUCAUCAUGUGCCCUUCCCCUGCUACCUCCCACCCUCUCCUCUUUCCCUCCCUCUCUCUCCCCCCUUCUCCCUCACCAGCCCAUCCCCCAGCACGGGGACAUCAUUCUGUUCUCCAACGAGAUAUUCGUCCCGACCACCCCCUCCACUCCCUGCACCCUCUUGUGCGCCCACACACAUCCGCUCCCCACGCCCCACCAGCCCAUCCCCCAGCACGGGGACAUCAUUCGACUCUACAACGAAAUCUUCUCCUUCCUGCUGCACCUCGGUCACGGCGCCUCCACAGCGGGGGGGGCAGGGGGAGGAGCAGGGGGAGCGGGGGAGAGGGGCGGGGGGCACGUGGGGAGCAUGUUCAGGAGUCCCCUGGUGCACUCCUCCCCUGCUCUCGCUCACUUUCAGCAGCAUCAGCAGUCGCCUUCAUCUGUACCAGGCGCCUCUCCCCGCCGAGUGUCUUCUCGGCAUAACGUCUACGUCUCGCCACUGCCCACCUCAAGGAUGGAAGCUCUGUUGGCUUCCCCGCACCGCCAGCUGUCAGCGCAGCUAUCCACGCAGCUCCUGGGAGGGGGCCUCUCCGCUGACCCCUUUGCGAGCCCCUCCAGGCAAAUGGCUGCCAUCAACCAUCGCAUCAACAGCACCAAGUGA